GAAGCAUAAGCAGCAGUAACAAGUAAGCAUUUUGGUCGUCUUCAAUUCGAGCUGAAGGUGGAGUACCCUCAUAGAAUCCUUGUUUGCAUUGUUUUGUCACACGCGACAGAGCAUGUCCCGUUUCCUAGGAAAAUCCCUUAGGACUAAGGGGCCCUUGUUUCUGCACAAAAUUUUGGGAAUCUCGUCCGAGUCGCAUAACAUCCUGGUUUUAUCAAGGUAUCGCCGCCACUUUUCACAUUCCCUUCCCCACAAUACUUCAAAUUUGGUUCCAAGUACCGGGUCUCUCCAAAUUCGGUUCUUUGCCUCUGAGGCCGCUGCUGCCACCACUGAACCCUCAACCUCCGAUGGGCUCACGGUCCAAGGAAUUCUGGCCAAUAAUUGGAACAUUCUCGACGAAAACGACGGCGAUUGGAAGAGUCAUGCCACCGCCAUAGCUCAAUCUAUUCACUUGAUCAAACGCCGUUUACAUUGGGAAAAAUUGAAGGUGAGGUUGGAUAUGUUAUCAUUCCAGCUGAGUAAGGAAGACCUUUGGGAUGAUCCGGUGCGUGCAGGUAAAAUAAGCCGAGAGCACGGUUCGCUCUUGGGAAAAAUGAAAGAGGUAAAUGCAUUUGAACAAGAGUUGCUUGAGCACAUUGACAUGAUAAAGCUUGCGCGCGAAGAGAAUGAUGCGGAUUUGGAAUCGGAAUCACUGAAAGCGUUGCUUAACAUGAGAAGAAAUGCAAAAGAGAAAGAGCUAGAGGCAUUGCUUUCUGGGGAGCAAGAUUCUUGUUCGUGCUACAUUGAGGUUCAAGCUGGUGCUGGGGGUACUGAGAGCAUGGACUGGGCUGCGAUGGUCAUGCAGAUGUAUAAGUCAUGGGCACAGCGACGUGGAUAUAAAGUAACUGUAGUGGAUGAAAUGCCUGGUGAGAUUGCAGGAAUCAAGCGAGCUACCAUCAAAGUAGAUGGUGAGUUUGCAUUUGGAUAUGCCAAAGCAGAAAUAGGAGUGCACAGGCUGGUGCGCAUAUCACCUUUUGACAGUAAUAAGCGCCGGCAUACUUCAUUUGCCGCUGUGGCAGUGAUUCCAAUCCUUGGUGAUGGAUCUACCCAUGUACAAAUUAAUGAAUCUGAUCUUCGAAUUGAACGAUUUCGUGCUGGUGGUGCUGGUGGCCAACAUGUUAACACAACUGAGAGUGCUGUAAGAAUAGUUCAUAUUCCUACAGGAGUUACUGCAACUUGUCAGAAUGAAAGAUCGCAGCAUCAGAAUAAGGCUUCAGCAAUGGCUGUACUUCAGUCAAGAUUAGACCAACUGGAGAUGGCACGCCAGGCACAGUUCAAUGCACAACAUACACAAUCUCUCACCGACAUAACAUGGGGCAGUCAGAUUCGUAGUUAUGUUCUCCAUCCUUACCGUAUGGUGAAAGAUCUUAGAACUAACUAUGAGGUUUCAGAUCCUGACUCUGUCCUUGAGGGAGAUCUAGACAGUUUCAUCUUAAGCUAUCUGUCAGCUUCUUUGGAUAAAGAUGAUGAUGCUUAAAUCAUUCGAAUUCUCAAUCUAUGGCAGCAUAUUGUUUAUUUAGUGCUGUAAUGGGUAUAUGCUUGUGCAUGUUCAGCGUCUGAGGUAAAGUCAGCCGUCCUUUCAGUUACUGCCUUUCCUCAUCAAGGCUUAUCAUAAUAUAAGGAAGCCUAUUUGGCUUGCUAUGGUAUUUUUUGGGUGACAAAUAAAUGAAUGCAUACCAUUGAAUUUUGAAUAUGGAAUUAUGAUGCUUAAAAAGCUUGAUUUUAUUUGGCUUGCGCAGUCAGAAUAACUUCCCUAUGACCUCUGAUGCAGCUGACCAUGAUUAUUGUUCUUUAAGAUUCAUUUAUUUGCAUAUAGAACUCGUAUAGAAGGUACGUGAGAUUCGUAUCCUUUUUAUCUCAGGAAUAAACGAUGCAAAUAAUAAUUGAGGAUGGCUUGCCAAAUCUGCUCUAGGAAUUAGUGGAUAAACUUUUUGUAAUUUAUUUUCAAAAUCAUGACUCUCAGACAAAAAGAAAGCAUCUAAAUCUGAUUAAGAGCCCAUGAAUAUAUGGAUGAAUUUGUUUUUCUGUUGUUAUACUAAUGAAUCUAACGGCAAGUAUCUUUUAUUUGUUUA